AUGACGUUGAUUCGACCGAGUGAGAAAGUUACCAUACAUUCGGCUGUUAAAAGGGGUGAUAUUGAGGAGGUGAAACAAAUGGUAGCGAACGGUGCUGAUGUGAACGAAGUUGAUCAGCUUUCAUUUACUCCGCUCCACUGGGCGGCAAAUGUGGGUGCAAUUGAAAUAUUGCAAUACCUUUUAUGGAAAAAUGCGGACACCAUGUGCGUUACCAAACAGGGUUGGACCGCUGUGCAUAUUGCAGCAGUCAGGGGAUUUGAACCAUGCGUUCAAUCACUGGCGGAUAGAGGAGUGUGUCUUUCCACACAAGACAUUCACGGUCAAAGUCCGGGACAUUUGGCUGCUAUACACGGCAAUUCUUCUUGCUUGAUGGCUCUUUUACGAUCUGGAGCGGACGUGGAAACAGUUGACUGUAAUGGUUGGACCAUGCUUCAUGCAGCUGCAUUUCAUGGUCGUCUGGGUUGCGUUCAAGUUCUUCUACGUUGGGGCUUGCGAUUAGAGGAUGUGGACAAAGCGGGCAAUACAGCCGCUCAUUUGGCUGCAUUGGAAGGGCAUUUGCCGGUUUUGCAGUGUUUGGUCAGUCAGGUCAAAACGCCACUCUAUCUACUGGACACACCAAACGACCACGGCGAGACAGCGGAGGCACUGGCACAACGAUUUCUCAAACCAGAUAUUUUAGAAUUUAUUGGUCGAAUCAAAGCGGGACAGCAUUAUAGACUGGAUGGUGUGGAUGUCUUCGAACAGACCGCGUUCCCCGCUCAUAGUGCAGCUUACUCAGGAGAUCUGCAAUAUUUGCAACGGCUAAUUGAUAAUGGUGUGAUCAAAAUUGAUGAGAGGGAUGAGCAGGGUUGCACUCCAUUGCAUAAAGCGGCUGGCCAAGGUCAUAUCAAAAUCAUCCAGUGGCUGUGCGAGAACGGAGCUGACCCAAAUAUUGUCAAUCAUUUGGGUGAACGACCGGCAGAUAUUGCUCGUCGAUAUGGUGAACUAGCUGCUCUGGAUUUGCUUGAUCCUCAAACAAAACUAUCAACUGACAACAAUACAAAGGAUGAGAACGACGAAACAAUGAAAUGGCUGAACGAUGCCUUACCCUCAAAUAUACCUUUUGGUUAUGUGGAAGGAGAAAUUGAAACAGAACUGGUUUAUGACCGCGAAGCCGCGUUGGGAAGAGCACAGAAGAAAAUUGAAAAGCUGGAACAGUUGCUUCAGCUUGCAAAAUCGGACUAUAAGCAACUCGGCGGCGGUCCCACGGAAACGGAACUACGUGAGAAAGAGCGGUUGCAAGCAGUGGAUCGAAAAUUGGAAAAGUGA